AUGCUCAAUCAUCCAGGUGGAGAUGGAUUUAACCGGUGGAUUAUUCUGUGUCUGGGACUCUUGAACGCAGUUCUGUUGAUAGUUGCUGUUGUUCUUGGGAUUAACUGUGCCAAAGUCAAAGAGGACUCCUUGCACAUUUCCAACCCAGUUGUAACACAGCUCUUCAAUGAGCUCGACUAUCUCCGAGGCAACCACAGCGAUGUGAUCGAAGCUGAAGAGGAGGCCAAGAAGGCGUUAGAGAGCGCGAUCAACAACCACAAAGAAGUAAAGGUGAAAAUUGAGGAGCUGAAGACCGUCAAUGAUGGUUAUCAGAAACAGAUGCAAGCACUGCAAAUGGAGAAGGCAAACCUGAAGUCCAACAUAUCAGCUUUAGAGGGAUCUUGUGGCGGAUGCCUCCCUGGUUGGGCUCUUUUCAACUCGUCCUGCUAUUUCUUCUCCUACACCGAGUCCUCUACUGUCAAAAAGAACUGGCAUCAGAGCAGAGAGGACUGUGUUAGUCGUGGCUCUGACCUGGUUGUGAUCGAUGACCAGGAAGAACAGAAAUUUAUCAGUAGCAACAUCCAAAAUAUGAAAACCAGUCGUCAGUGGUGGGAGAACGGAUUCUGGAUCGGUAUCACUGACAUAGAGACUGAGGACAGAUGGGUUUGGAUUAAUAAUGUCACAGAGGUCGAACAACGGUACUGGAUGGAUGGCGAACCCAAUAAUGACGGAACCUAUGGAGAGGAUUGUGGGGUUGCAGUUUCCUCCAUCUUUAAUCCCUGGAAGACUCGUUUUGAUGGAAAAUGCCACCAGCAUAACUUACACUGGAUAUGUGAAACGCCAUUAACCUCCUAGGACCUGGCGUCCACAGGCCACAAAAUGCAUGCCAUUGUAACGCAAAGUUAUUUAAGGGCUAGUUUUAUUGCAAUGGGUACGUUUACUGACUGACGCGCAGAAGAAACAGUUCUUUAUGGAGCCUAGAUGGUGUGAAUGACGAGACCAAAGACUUCAAUACCUUGUACCAAAAAUAUAUUGACUAAAUGGGGGAAAGAGGAAAUGGAACAAAAUAAUUAA